AUGACGGAUGAAAGUAUAACGGUUGACUCAUCUUUCGACCGAGAUGGGAGUGUUUUCCAGGAAAAGAUCUCGAACAAAAAUGAGGAGAAUAUUCCGAUCUACAUCGAGGACCGGCAGUACGACGUCGCAGAGUUAUCUGCGGCCGGGGAUCAAGCUAACGUCGAGACAGUGAUUGAUGACGGUCUUGACAAGUUAGGCGAGAUCAAUCCUAAAAAUGCUACUGUUGAGCUCGAAAUCGGAGUCCCGAUCAUGAGUCAGCAGGAGACUUCGUUGGGCAAUUCAGAGGGAGAAGAAAUUCUCCUCGAAGACCAUUCUCCCAUGGACGAAUCUGAAUCGACCGAGGACGAAUUCGACGAUGAUGGGGGCAUUGAUGUCGGUUACAUGAAUCAUCGUCCUUGCGAUGACCCAUCAUCUCUGAUGGUCAUUGGACAGUGUCUACGCCUUCACACUCCUCCCCGUGAUGGACAAAUCGAGAAAGAAGAAGGAUAUCAACGACCGCCGCCCGAAGGAGACGAAGAAAACACUGAGAAUAUCGACACCACCCCGCCUUCAGCAGAAGAUAGCCAGCUCGACUCGGAGAUCUUCGAACCCACUCCGUCAACGCCCCCGGAAACCACACGAGCGGGGUCGUCUCGACGUCCGACGCUCAGUCCCGUGAUCGAAGAAGACGUCCGAGACUACAUGCAAACGUGGUCUUACGAGGGAGAGGAGGACCAGGAACAGGAAGCCGAUGGCGAUGUCGAUUGUGGGGCUGGAGACGCAACGGCAAACCUGGUUGAGUCUGUAAUCAAAAGCGGCUCCGAUGACGAUUACGCCGACGAGAUUUCGAGGGCUCUCUCGUCGGUGGCUGUCGAUGCCGCACUCGCUGAGAUUGAUUAUGAAGAAGAACAGGUGCAGCCAUCGAAGAACGUGCAGUUGGGAUACGAAGAACUGGAUGACAGCUAUGAUGAUAUCGUCAUCAUCCUUCCUGAGGCUCAAGAAUUGAACUACUACAAUGUUCCCGUCGGGGCUAGCCUUGAAGCUAGUCUCCAGGACGCUGCAAAUGCGAGGACUCAAUUGGAUGCACAGGCUGAUUUCUUAGAGAAUAGCCUCAACUGCCUGGAGAUCACUCUAGAUCGGAUGUCUCUGAAUGAGGCUGUGAUGCCGGAUGGAAGCGUGGUAUUUCUUGGGGAUCAACUUCGCCAGGCCAAAACUGGUCACCUCUUACGGGCUUGGGAAAAGGCCAAUGAACACCAAGACGAGGGUCUUUCUUGUGAUGAACUUGAGGUGCCACUGGCCCAGAUACAGAGAGGGCUUUACCAGGAUCAAAUCAAGAGUUUUAACUCUGCGAAUGGAGAAAUGAGAAAAGCCGUGACCCGGGCAACACUGCAGGAGCAAGCACAACGCACCCAGGCUUACCAAGUUCAGCAGACAUACAAUGGUCUUGAGCAGAACAUCGCUAACCUCUCCCACGAGCUCGUCGGGCUUCAAAACCGCCAACAUCAUCUACAGAACGCAUUGAUCGAAGAGAGGACUGCGAAAGAGGCUGCGCAUCGCGAAAAAUGAAAGGAUCUAUCGACGGAGUAGUAGUGACAUCAUCCAACCAAACAACGACAUCAUGGGGGAAAACCACGUUCGACGACCACGGCAGCCCGAAUGGAUAUCGGAC